CAGACUGAAUUUCCACCCCCACCGCUGCAAGAAGAAAGAGGCCUUGCAAAGAAAGACACUGAAUACGAAUGCCAUCUUUUAAAAAGAGGGGAACUACAAUACAGGGUACCUCCCUAAAACGGGCUGAACAAAAUGAAAUUUUAUGCUCUGCUUUGUUGUUCCUUGGAGAUACAGGAUAAACAAUGGGAAGGAAAUGGAAAAGACAGCAAAAGCUUCAGAAUGUUCCGCAGGUUCCUCUCAUCCGAGUCCCUCCCUCUGCCUCUGACACCUCAUUUCUGAAGGACCUAACCCGAGGGCAGCAGCGCUACUUUUACUGCAUCAUGAGGAUUUAUGACUCCAGGCCCCAGUGGCAGGCCCUGCAGACCCGCUAUGUUCACAGCCUCCAGCACCAGCAGCUGCUUGGCUAUAUUACUCAACAGGAGGCCUUGGCUUGUGCCGCUGUUCUUAGAGACUCAACCAGGAAAGCCUCAGCCAAGAAAGCUCCUCAAAGAAUCAUCCCCCAGAGGACUUCGGCCAUGACAAGAACAUGGAUGCCAGCCUACUCUGUAUCUGUGGUUCCGCUCAGGGCCCAAAGUGCAGCGCUCUGAUCCCUCAGGAGCCAAGACUUCUCAUGAGCUCUGAAACAGGCAGUUUGUUCAUGUACCCCUGGCUUAGUGUAUAUUUGUUGAAUGAGAAUGAAUAAUAAUAAUAAUAAUAAAAACCUUCUAAUACAAACCCCACAACUAGAAAUAAUCUUUCUCCCAUGCACAUAAAUUUUACCAGCAAGAACAAGUUGAGAGGUUUAAGAGCCACGGAGCUAAGAGUAAAUAAACCUUUCAUUCUUCAUAUAGUCUAUAGAGUAAAAUGACUUUUGAAACUUUCAAAGUAAAAACUUCCUUUGAAUUAGAACCUCCCAGAGAAGUCCCAAGAACAGAGAAAGAGGACAAGUCAUCAGACGGUGUUAGGUCCCCUAUCAUUGGGUGACUAGCCAUUCCCCGAAAGCCACCCACUGCACCUAUUGAAAAUACGCAAACCAACACAGUUAACAUUUAACAAGAAGGGCUUCCAGGCCAUAUCAGCUGCAACCAGAUGGCAUUUCUAUGUCUCACUUCUUCUCUUCUUUCACAUCAAGCAAUGGCAGUCAACUUGGCCUCAAAUCUUCUAUUUUUUGCCUGGCUCAAUCCCUUUGCAUUAUCUUGAAGCUUGGACUUACCAACCUGCUACAUCUGGGUUCAUUCUACAUAGCUGCCAUUCACCUUGACACACAUAAGGGAAUUCAUGCACACAUCUUCUCCUGGCUGCUGAAGAUACCCUCUCAGCAGAAGAAAAAAUAGCCCCAAAGAACUAAUCUCAAGUCUAAUUUUUCCAUGGCCUUGAUGGUUUUAAGUAAACACACAGGACUAUAUGAAUAAGCAAAAAAUGAGGUAACAGUGAGUCAAAUCAUCAUAUCAAAGUUAUAGUAUUGUUAUAUUUAACAGUUAUUUUCAUCACUAGUGAUUUUUUUGUGUGUUAAAAAUUAGUCACCAGUGUUCAUGCAAAGUCAAAAUAAAAAAUGUCUUUCUUCACCUUUUUUCUAAAUGUUCAGACCUCUCCCCUCAUUUAAAUCAGCUAAUGACUUUGUCAUGCACAUAAAAGGAGUUGCUUUAGAUGGAAUAUAAACUUGCUUAACAAGAGGUAUGGUAACAUUGAUCUGAAAGGAAGAUGCUGCGACGUUACCAGAAGAAAAAAAAAACCCAAAAAACCCAAUACUGCUUCUGCGAUCCUCUGUGACUUUUCUUUGAGAGAAACAAGGGACAUAGUUGUCCCACUUCAAGUCUGACAGGAAGACUUGGGAAAGCCAGCUGACCUCUCUGAGUCCAUUCACUGAGUCACAAAGAGGCUUCCUGACAUCUGUGUAUUCUGGCCCUGACUCAUAUAUUCUAAGUGGCUUUAUAAUUUAAGACAAAAACCAUUAUGCAGGCUUAAAAGAAGAAAACAAAGUCAAAUGGCACUGGUGAGCUAUGGGGUAGCCCUCUUAAGGAACAGAUGUAUGUGGCUUUUAUCCCUUUAAACGUCUUGCAUGCACUUUCUUCUUAGACUUUAUUAUUAUUUUUUAUGGGCACAGAUAUUCUCUGUGUAAACCUUAGCUAGUGAUGUAGGAUAUCAAGGAGGCCACUUGUGACUCUGACCUGCUCUCCUCCAUUACAAAUCUCAGAAAUACCUUUUCCCUGACAGAGGAUUUAAAAGCUAAUUGGCAGGUGAGUGUCACAGCCCAUAAGGAAGACAAAUAGAUCUAAGUUGGUGCAGAAAUUCCGUGUUGGCUCUCCCUUCAGAAAAGAAAAUGCCUUUUCUCUUGGGCCCCACACCCAAAGCUUAUGAAGAAAAUGGUUGAUUAUGGUGCGAGCAGAAAGGUGCUCAAGGGCGAACACAUUGAAAAAGAUGAUCAAAGGGGAACUGAGGACAACAUAUAACUUUUAGGCAAGUCUACUACUUUGACCUAUUGGAGACUAUGUGUUGCUUGCUCUCACAGUGUCAAUAGAUAUCAUCAGAACUUAAAGUUCUUGAGAUCAGUGACCAUUUCACCAGAAAUUAUUAGACCCUAGAGCAGCACUUGGUCUGGGGUAGGCAAUCAGUAAAACUUCUUGAAUAAUAAUGAAAUGUUCAAAGACUCUGCAAUUCAGCCUGGCCUGUGACUCUGUGAUUUUAUUCCAGGGUCCCAGGAAGCCACAAUGACGAGUGAGGAGUAGCAGUAGUUUAUCAAGGACAGGGGACAGGAGCAGUCCAAUUCAGGA